GCAAAGACAGUGAGCUAGGUUUUCCGCUAUCGCUGCCCCUUGUCAAAGCUUCCAUAUUGGGUUGACCAACACAGCUGACUUUGGAGUUUCCGUACUUUUACUGUGAGAAAUGGACGCCCUCAAGAACGAGCUUCGCACAACAUACGUUGCCUUAAAUGCCACGUUCAGAGAAUACCUUGAAUCUCAAGGCUUUGAUGAGGCGAUAAUUGAUCAUUAUGUGCAGUGCUUCUCCGCAAACGUUGGAACCGGCAAACUCCAUCGGGGGUUAGCAACACUAUACAUUGGAAAGCAACUUGCGAAGACUGAAGUAAAUGAAGAAGAGUCAAACCAACUCUGCGUCUUAGCAUGGCUUGUUGAGAUGCUAGGAGCGCACUAUCUGAUUCUAGAUGACAUAAUGGACGAGUCGACGACCCGUCGUGGUGAACCGUGCUGGUAUCGCCAGCCCCAUAUCGGUCUCAUGGCCAUCAAUGACGCAUGCAUUCUGAAAUCUGCCAUCUUCUUUUUCCUCAAGAAGUUUCUACGCCAACAUCCCGGUUAUAUCGAUAUAGUCGAGCUCUUCGUUGACCUUGGACUCCAUACUGAACUAGGUCAGCUGUGCGAUCUUGCUGCUGCGAAAGAGGAGGAUAUCGGAACGUUUAGCGAGGAAAAAUACUGGUCGAUAGUCAAAGAAAAGUCUUCAUACAGUAUAUCAGGGCCAAUCAUGCUCGCUUUGGCAUAUUGGCGGCUCGCCACACCGAAGAACUUGGAACAGACUCAUACCUUUGCAGUGGCACUAGGAGAGUAUUUCCAAGUAAACGACGACUAUAUCGAUGUAUAUGGGGACUAUGAGAUUACAGGGAAACAUGGGACGGACAUUCAAGACAAAAAAUGCUCGUGGCUCAUUAUUGAGGCGCUGUCUCGGGUAAACGAAGAACAGCGAAAGCGCCUUUUGCAAAACUACGGAAGGAAGGAGCCUUCUCACGUUGAUACAGUGAAAAAAGUCUUCGAAGAGCUAGAUUUGCCGAAAGCCUUUAGGGAAUAUGAGGGAAAACAAAGAGUUAAGAUUGAAGGGAUAAUUGCGGCCAUGGAUGAAAGCGAAGGUUUGAAGCGUGAGAUAUUUCUUAUGCUAUUUCAGGGCUUUAGAAAGGGGCGACAGUUCUGAAAGUCGCAAUUUUUCACAAAGAAAAUAAAUGUAUAUACUGCUUAUGAGAUUGCAGUGGUGACACUGCAACGUCGGUGCUGCCAGCAUCGACGAAUGGGUUUGCGUUAUAUAGAGAGUUGUGCAUAUUCUGAAUUGUUGUUGCUUAUCCUUUCCUAGGCUUCCAUUGGCC